AUGGGCAGAGACGGACGAGCUGCGCCGCGGGCGCCCCGCACGCUGGGGGCUGCCGGGGUGGGGUCGCCGGGGGCCAGGGGCGUGGCGGACCCCCGCGCGCGCAGCCCCCGGGGCCGCGCCUCCGCGUGUCGCGUGUCUCGGCACCGUCUCGGGUCCGGCCUCGGACCCCUCGGGGCUGCUCCCGCCGCGGAGCGCGUCCCCCCGCCCCCCCGGCCCCGAGCCCUCCGGCAGCUGCCCCCGCAGCCCUCCCAGCCUGUCGCUGUCCCUGGUCUUGGCUUGGGCUUCCCAGGAAGCGGUGGCCUGACCACAGGCUUCGGAGGAACCCUUGGGAGACGCAAGAAGCGCGCCUCGACGGCGCAUGAGUCCCUUGGGGAUCUCGUACCUCCUCUGGCUCCUCGGGGGUGUGACCAUUUCUCAGACUUUUCCUUGUCUUUGAUGACCUUCCCAACCAUGAGGAGCACUGGUCAGGCCACCUUGCUCCAAGCCUCAGGCACCUCCAGUUACUGCAAUGACAGCCAGGAGCCUCCCUGCCUCCACAGCCCAUUCGCCACACAGCAGCCAGGAGCGGCUACGAAGAUGAAAAUCAGAGCACACCUUCCCCCACUGCCAACACUAGAGAAUUCCUGCUGCAGUGAGAACAAAAUGGCCCUUCCCCGGAUCACUCAUUCAGGUCUCAAACGAAGCGCUGGCAGCUGAGAGAGCCUUUCCAGGUAGAGGUCUUCUCUCCACCCUCCUGGCCGAACGCCUUCGCUUGUCUACACAUCACGUGAAACAGUCUCUACUGACUCCUCAUCUCUCACCAAACUACAAACUUCAUAAAAUCAGGGUCCUUGUCUGUUUUGCUCACUACUGCAUCCAGGGCCUGGCACAGAGCAGGCAUUCGGUGAGUGCUUGCUUGUUGGAGGAAGAAAUGAGUAGAGAGAUCAGACUCAGUCGUUCUCCGUGAAAUGGGGCCACAUCGUAUCUCCCGGUGGUGUGGCUCGGUGGCAACGCUUGCGUACAAUCGGGGUUCUUCUCCCGGCCAUCCCUCCCACUCAAGUCCCCUGCCCUGCAGCAGGUGCCUGGGCAGAGGGGCUUCCUGCGAGCUCCCCCCGCUGGCACAGCCCAGCCCUCCGCAGCCAGCCUGCAGCCCACAGGUCCCCAAGGAUGGCUGGGGGGUUGGCACCUGGCCCCCACCCCAGGCUCAUGUGGACUCUUGUCCGGCCCGGCUGCAGCACCCCAAGACAGCCGUUGUUAGGACCCUCUCAGGGUUGACUCAUACUUCCUUUAUUCCCAGCUGGGUUCACUCAGGAGUGUCGCUGUUUUGCAAGGCUCAAGUUUGAGUCCUUCAGAGGUGAGCGGCCAGGCUAUAUGCCUGGGUGACCCUAUAACAAGGGUCAUGGCCCCCGAGAAAACCACAGUCCUAGCACAGUUGGGAAACUACCCCUUUCUGGCAGUUGAGGUAUUCAGGUUUGGAGAAACUGCUU